AUGCUCUACUAUAAUUUAAUUUUUAUAUGUGCGUUAUUUUUGUGUAUUUUGAUAGUUCCUGUAUUUGGCGGCAAUCAAAUUUAUGCUAAACUUAAACGUAUGUUAGUUUAAAAUUUUUUGGUUUAAGAAACUAUUUACUUCUGUUUUUUCUAAAUUUAUUCAAUGACUGUUAUAUUCUAGACCAUGAAGUAUUAGUAAAUUGGAAAGUUCUCUGGGAAUCACAAGAAAUCAAAUUUGAUGUAGCGAUCCGAGGAAAAUCUUUUAAAUGGUUUGGAUUUGGCUUUUCUGAUCAUGGAAAGUGGGAAGGAAGUGAUCUGUGUACUUGGAAACGAGAUGAAAAGUUCUUGAAAGUCUGUUUUGAUAGUUUAAGUAGAUUAAAUUACUUAUUUAGCAAUUUUAUAAUAUAUGAUUUUAGAUUUCAAAUGCUUAAAUUUUAGGAUUCUCAUAUUCGUUCAAACUUGUUUAUUCAUACUGAUGCACAUCAAGAUUGCCGUAUGUUAAGAACAAGCAGAAAACACAAUCGAAUUCAAUUUAUCCGAAAAAUGGUAACUUGUGAUUCUCGAGAUUAUGCAAUUGAGUUUGGUACUACUCAAUUUUUGAUCGCAAUAGCGCCACAAGUACCCAUAACAUUAAACUCGUCUUACGUUGAAAAACGAAUUUACUAUUCGAGUAUUCUUGAAAAAACAGUGCCGCAAACAGUAUUAGAAGAGCAAACAAGGGUUGUCAAUAUAACCGCAGUUAACGCUCAAGUACCAGCUGUUGUAACUUCGUAUUGGUGCGGUUUAUUGGAAUUGCCAGAUUACCUAAAACACAAAAAACAUCAUGCAGUCAGGUUCUCGGCUUUAAUUACAAAUGGCAAUGAAGAUAUUGUGCAUCACAUGGAGAUAUACAAUUGUUAUCAGCCUAUUCCAAAAGGUGUUAGAUAUAAUGGAAAUUGCAUGCAGAAACCGCAGAUUUUAAAAAGCUGCAGCAAGGUCGUUGCUGCUUGGGCUUUUGGAGCUGAAGUAAGUAAUUAACAUUGCAAACUUAAAAUAUUUUUAGACUCUUGACUACCCAAAAGAAGCUGGAAUGCCAAUUGGGGGUCAAAACUACGUUCCAUAUUUAAUGGUUGAGAUACACUACAACAAUCUGUUUAAACAUGAACAUCGGAUUGAUAAUUCUGGUUUUACAAUUACCGUAACUUCACAACUGCGAAGAUACGAUGCUGGUAUUACAGAAUAUGGGCUAAUUUAUUCUGAUGCCAAUAGUAUACCACCUAGACAAAAAGAUUUUACUAUGAGUGGAGUGUGCGUACCAGAGUGCACUAGACAUCUUCCUAAAGGCAGAGUUUUUAUGGUUUUUUAAAACUUAAAAUACUAAGAACAUUUGUGAUUUACAGAAGCUGUAUAGAAGUUAGUGACAAAUUAUAAAAUUAAAAAAACGCUGUUUAAAGUUUAAACUAAAUUAAACGUUUAAACAAAUUUAAGAUGGAAUUUUAAUUUUUGCGACACAACAGCACGCCCACUUGACCGGUCGAAAAAUUCGCACAAUACACUACCGCAAUGGCGUCAAAUUAGGGUAUAUUAACUUUGAUGAUCAUUAUACUGCACAUUGGCAAGUCAUAAGAAGAUUGGAAGAUCAUAUUCAUGUUCUGCCUGGAGAUGUUAUUCAAACAACAUGUUCUUUUGAAACAGAACAUUUGAAUCGAUGGACUUGGGUGCUUUUAAUUUUUUUUAUAUCAUAAGACUUAAUUUUAAGCAAUUGGUAACGCUUAUAAAUUUUUACUUAUCUUGUUUUUUUUGUGUAUAAAAAAUUUUUAGGGAGGCUAUGGUAUUGAAGAUGAAAUGUGUGUAAACUACAUGUUUUACUAUCCGGCCGCCGAUAUUGAAGUGUGUAAGACAGCAAUUUCUAAUGUGACAUUAAAUGAGUUUUUUAAAAAGCAGUAAGUUUUGUAUUUACAACAAUUUUAUAAUAAAUUCGUUUAUUUUGUAACAAAAAAAAUCGAAUCGUUUUAGUCUGCCAAUGGAAAACUUGACUGGACUGGGCAUUCACGAAAAAUACGAAAAAUUAGAUUUGUAUCCAGAGCUAGUAGAGGAAUUGAGUGAAUGGUACGAUUUAAAGCCACUAAACGUAGACUGUUUGGAUCAUUCUGGCCAGAGAUUUGAGGUUAGUGAACAUUGCCAUAAAAAAGCUUACUGUAAUAAAGCAUGUAUUAUCUUUGAAAUAAUUAAUAGAAAUUACUUUAAGGGUCAAGACUGGGAAUACGUGUCCCAGCCUGAAAUGUUUGGCGGUUCUUAUGAGAAACGCCGUUCAGCUAUGGAAUGUCCAGCUAUUAACAGAUGA